AUGCCGUCGUCUUCACCCUCCCUGCCGCCCGCAGCGCUUGCGGCCCAGCAGCAGUCACCCCUCACCCCCGGCGCCGGCCCCGGCGCCGCCGCAGCGGCCGCGGCGGCCGCGGCGGUGUCGCUCGGGCCGGGGGAGGGCGGGGGCGCGCUGCCCCUGAAUGUUCAGUCGGCGCUGAGGCAGCGGCUCCAGCAGAUGCUGGCUGGGCACGAGCAGCAGCGGGCGGCGCUCGAGGCCGAGUUGCGGGGCCAGAUGGCGUCCGUGCUGCACAGCAUGGCCAAUUCUCAGCAAGUCCCUGAGGCGCACCGCGCGCGCAUCGUGGGCAUGCUUGAGAAGCGCCAACAGGACCGGAUGGCGUCAGUUGAGGAGGAGCAGCAGCGCCAGCUGGCGCACUUCCGCGCGUCGGUGCUGGACCUGCAGCAGAAGGCCGCGGAGCAGAUGCGCGCGGCGCAGCAAGCCGCGGCGGGCGGCGCGAUGGGCGGCGGCGGCGGCGGCGGGGCGCCGAUGCAGCUGCUCCAGCAGCAGCAGCAGCAGCAGCAGCAGCAGCAGCAGGCAGCGCAGGCGCAGGCGCAGGCGUUUGGGCAGGGCGGCAUGGGGCAGAUCCAGGUGUCUGCGCCGAUGAUGCAGCAGCAGCUGCAGAUGCAGAUGCAGCAGCCGCAGGGUCUGGCCAAAGACCAGGGGGCGCUUCACAUGCAGGCGAUGCAGGCGAUGCAGAUGGAGCAGAGGCAGGCGUUCAUGCGGCGACUGCAGGAGCGGCAGCUGCAGCUGCAGGCGCAGGCCCAGCAGCAGCAGCAACAGCAGCAGCAGCCUCAGCAACAGCCACAGAUGCACAACUGUGGGGGCGGGGGCGGUGGGAGCUUUGUCAACUGGGGUGCCGGGCCAACACAGUGA